AUGCUUCGAGAACUUACAACGUCUCUAAAGCGUGGCGGUGGUACAUCUACACCUCAUUCUGAAAGUAUUACACAAAAUUAUAUCUCGCCCGGCUGUAGCACGGCUGGGCCUAACUCCAUAUGCGAGGGAAGCUCGGUUCCAGAGGUUGGGGAUAGCGACGCAGCUUUCGAAGGGGAUUCCUCAUUGACAGCCCAUACUACAUUUGCGAGUGAAUUUCUUGAACAAGCUGUAACGAAUACAUCCCGACAGCUCAACCCAGAAAUGCAAAUUACACUUGCAUCGCUUCAGAAAAUGGUCCGGAUGCAAAACAGGAAAGGUGAUCCUCUAGAAAGCAGGCUUGAUCACCAGCAGCCAAUGCCAAAAGGAGGCUAUAGUCAAUUGCCGCUACCUCCCACAGACGUUAUUUUGAAGCUUUUACGCAAAGUCAAAGCCGCCCCACCCAUGACAUUCCUGAUGAGUUUAACUUUCGUAACAGUUGAAGAUUUUGUAGACGCGUGCCGCAGGCUUUAUUUCCCAACUGAAGACUACAAUAUUGCAAUAUUCAUCACGGUCAACACGGGCCUGUACUAUCUUUUCCAAGAUAAUACAUGCAGUGCAACAGAGGAUUUCUCCGAUGAAGAAUGUCUCAAAUACCAGCUGAUGUCUAGAGACAAUCUAGAAACUGCUCUUGCCAACUUACCACUCCUGCUACCAGCUAGAAAGGAUAUGGUGGAGGCUCUAGUCUUAAGUGCGACAUAUGCGGUAGAGAUUUCAAAGCUCAGUCUUGCAUGGCAGCUCAACUCUGCUGCAGCAAUGAUAUGCCAAACACUGGGCUGGCACCGCCUCCAAGGGCCGGAAGACGGCACCAGCGACGCAAGGAUUACAUUGUUUUGGUUUUGCUAUAUGCUCGAUAAAGGACUCGCCCUGAGAUUUGGGCGCACAUCAGUGAUUCAAGACUGGGAUGUAUCAGCUACGCGCCAUUUUGACAAUACAACCCUACCAACUUCUUGGAACUUGAUGAUCGGUCUCUGGAUUAACACUGGAGGUAUAUUAGGGGAGAUUUACCAACAUUUAUAUAGCCCCUCAGCCUUAGCAAGAGAUCCAAAUCAGCGAGUUGAAACAGCACGAUUACUGGUCGAAAAGAUGGAGCGGAUAUGGAACGAGAUGGUGGAGUUGUCUCAUUCAUCUGGAGCUCGGGAUCAAGAUUCAUUGAAAACAUUUUCUAAGCACCCUCAUAACCAAACGACUCUCGAUAUGGUUCAUAAAUCUGGUAGGGUAUCACACUUAGCAAAUUUGACCUUGAUAUAUCGCGCUAUACCCAGUGCCCCGGGCGUCCCAAGUACCUUUAAUGCCGAAUGUAUUGAUGCAGCAAGGGGUGCAUUUGGCUGCCAUUUUGAAUGUAUGGAAUUGAUUGCAAACAACUCUGUUGCAAUGGCUGGCUAUCUUCAUUGGACUAUACUAUACUCCCCGUUCACACCCUUCAUUGUUUUAUUCUGCCAUGUCAUCGAAACUUCAAAUAUCAAAGACCUUCAGCUCCUUGAUCAGUUUGCAGAGAGUCUACAACCAGCUCUUUCGAUCUCGCAGGCGAUUGAAAAAUUAUUCCGUCUGUGCAAAUUACUCCAUCAGAUUGCAGCACUUUAUGUUGAGGCCAAAGGACAACAGAAACAAGAUAGUGACAUGAACAUGGUUGGAAACGACCUCGACACAUAUCUCUCCCAACUCGGUUUUAUAUCCCAGAACCAUGCCGGCGAAAAUGUGAAUAUUAGCGCUACACCCGGAUCAGGUACUGCUCCUAUAGUAGGUUCGGGGCAAGAGUUGGGUGAUUGGUUCUCUGGGAAUAGGUAUAUCUUAGGGCUAAUGGAGGAUGAUUUCUUGGAUAUUGACCCGGGAAUGUGGUCAGGGAUAUGA